AUGUCGCACAGGCCUCCCGCCAGGGGCGUUGUGGCAGGAAUCCGUGAGGACGCCCGCCGCGCCCAGGAGGGAGGAGGAGCCUACGACCCUCGAGGCGUGGGCGUUGCAUGGUCUCAUGGGUUCCUCAACCAGAAGCCAUGGCACCCAUCGUCCUUCAGGAACCAGCAGAGGAAGUUUGAGGCAGAGGCCAGGGCCAUGGAGAAAGCGAAGAGAAUAGAAGAAGGGAAGAAAGAAUUCGAAUCCGAGCAGGAGCACUUCAGGAGUUUGAGCUAUAUGAGUGUUGAUGCCCAAAAGAAGUACCAGGACCGACAAUCGCUGGCGUUCAUGUACAUGAAGCCUCCGGGUCUUGAGGCGGCCUUGAGAAAGGAGCAAGAUGCAGUGAAAAAGAAAGAAAAGCAGGACCAAAAGCCACAAGGCGAGGCGCAGAAGACUAUGCCAGGCACCACAUCUGCUUCGGUCGUCAGGCCUAUGGGACCAGCCACUUUCUCGGACAAAGGCCCUGUGAAGACGAUGCUGCAAGGGUGCGCACUGCGGGAAGAGGGCGAACAGAGUGUUCAGAUGCUGACAAGAGCCGCUCCAUAUGGUGGCUUUGACUCGACUGCAGAUAAUCAACAACUGGUGGUGGGGAUGGACGAUCUUGAGGAAGGGCCACAAGAGAGUGCUGAAACGGACGCCAAAAAACUGCGCAGGCUGAAGAAAGCUCGUAAAAAAGAGAAAAGGAAAUUGGAGGUGGCCCACGCCCGCUCUGUGCUCGAGGCGGCAGGCUACGACGUGGAGGCGCUCACCGAGGAGCUGGAGCGCUCGAGGGGCGCCAGCAAGAGGGACAGGGGAAGGAGGAAAGACAAGAAGUCGAGGCGGCACCGAGACACAUCUCGGAGCCUGUCGCCAGCCAGGCUCCAGGACGCCGACGCCGGGGAUCGCGACCGGCGGAAGCGCAGGCGGGAGAAGGGCGGCCGGGAUUCAGGGAGACAUCGGGAGGAGAUGGCGCAAUGA